CAGAAAGAAAGAAGCAAUUUAAACCCUAAGUUGUCCGAUCUCAAUCUGAUUUCUCCGACUCCUUCCAAUGUCGUCCUUGAAAGUCUGCAGAUUAUCAUCUAAGAUACAUUCUUUAACCCAGAAGUUUAGCAAGACGAAUGUUCACGUCUCGUCCUUACCCUCUCCCAUUAAAUCUUCAUCUCCAUCCUCAGCAACUAGCCGUAUCAAUCGAUCUUGUAGAUUACCAGUGGAGAUGAGUAGCUGCGUAUCGCUGUUUCCGCUACACAGUGCUAUAGCAUCUGCCAGAUUGGUAUCAAGCUUGUCUGUUGAAUCUAACAGCUGGGGUUUAGUUCCUCAAGGUAUUUCGAUGCCUUUAUGACAGUGUUUCCAUCUUACAACGAGUUUCCGGGAGGAUAAAGACAUGAAAACAAAACUCGGGCUGUAUCGUUUCUUUUCAUCUCCUAUUGAAUCCGUAAGGUCCUGAAUUUAGGAUAAGUUUAUCCUCAAACUCUCUGCUUGAAUUCUCAGUUUUUGAGUUGUCUUUUCGGCUAAUAUGCAUUUCAUGGUUGUGACUUCCAGCAAUUGAGUCAUAGAUCAUUGUAUUGUUGCUGGGAAGAUUAUAGUUUUCAUGCAAUGUCUCAUCUUAACGAAAUGAGUCAUAGAUCAUCAGACCCUUCUUCAAAUAGACAUGAUUCAAAAUAUCGUGAUAAGGAAAUUUCGUUUCAUUUAUACCA